UGAUAUUUUAAAGUUGUUAUUUUUUGUCAACUUAAAGUUGUCUAAACUAUUUGAAAAUAUAAAAAAUAGUCAAAAGUAAACAUAUAAAGUAGAUAAACAAUAAUCAAACACCAAAAAUAUUUAACAUAUAUAUUUAUUCUUCAUCCAAAUAUUGAAGUUCAACCUGUUUUUUAAUUUUUAAUUUAGAUAUUUUGGCUUACAUUACUCAAAUUUAUAUGUUUUGAGAAAUUUAAAAUAUAUAUAAAUUUUGAAAAUUUUAAAAUAAUUCAAACGGGUUAUUUGUAUUCGAACCGAACCCGGAAAUAUCCGAAUCAAACCGAAACCAAAAUUUAUAAAUAUUUGAAUGUUGCUGAAAUCUUUAAACUCUAGAUACUCAAACUCAAAUGGAUUUUAACGGAAUCAGUGGGUAUCCAAAUACACAUCCCUAACGUAGUCAAUAUAAAACGAUCAAGUAUUACAAAUACAUCAUUUAGUAUAAAUAAAUAAAAAUUAAAACAGAAAAUUAAUACCCGUGCGGUCGCACGGGUCAAGAUCUAGUAUUCCAUUAAGACCUAAGACGGAACACAAAGUGAGAAAGGAGGCAGAACCGUGAGAGAGAAGAAACAGAGUUGUGAAUCUUUGUGUUCUUCUUGGUUUGUACUUGGAAUUUGUACGAUAUGGACAAAAUCAGUCGACUGCCGGAUGAAUUAUUGGUGAAGAUAUUAUCGUUUCUUCCAACAAAAGUUGCUGUCUCCACUAGCAUCUUGUCCAAACAAUGGGAUUUUCUAUGGAUGUGGUUACCUAAACUCGACUACAGUACUAGAAAGUAUUCAGAGUCCGAAUGCGUGAGGUUACGGUGUUUUCUUAACAGAAAUCUGCCAUUACACAGAGCUCCGGUCAUAGAAAGCUUCCGCCUCGAUUUUCUUGCUUCACAGUUCAAACCUAUGACAAUUAGAUCAUGGCUUCUAACUGCAGUUUCACGCAACCUACUAGAGGUGGAGAUUUCUCAUGCUUAUACUGAGAAGGUGCUGAACAUAUUGCCGAGUAGCUUGUACACUUGUAAAUCACUCGCGUCCUUGAAACUGAAUGGAAUGAGGACUCUAGUGGAUGUUCCUCGUAUGGUUUCUCUCCCUUGUCUGAAAAAUUUGUGGCUUGAAGGUGUGAAAUACAAGAAUGAAGAUUCUCUUCAGCGCCUUAUAUCUAAUUGCCCUGUUCUUGAAGAUCUAUUUCUGAACGGAUGCAAAGGGGACAAUAUGGUAAAGUUCAUUGUUAUCGUCCCCUCGUUGCUACGUUUAACAGUCAUUAUACCUGAGGAUAUAGAUGAGUUUGUGAUAGAUACUCCUUCUUUGAAAUACUUCAAAAUUGACUACUGUAGUUACAAGAGACACCACUGUUUGAUUGAGUAUAUGCCUAAGCUGGAGGAGGCAUAUGUAGAAGUUAGCUCUGAUGAUAUUUAUAUUGAGAGGUUUAUCAAACCAAUCACUUCUGUCAAACGUCUGACAUUAUGCAUAGAGGGUGUGUAUGGUGGUGAUGGUUUUGUCUUCAACCAGCUUGAACAUCUGCAACUAUGUAUAUGCAAUGAAUAUAACUCGGAUGAGAUUGUUGUCCGGUUGCUCAAAGAUUCACCUAACUUACGAGUACUAGACCUAUUCAAAAUGGAAUGUCAUGACACUAUUGGUUUGUAUUGUUGGAAUCGACCAAGAACGGUUCCGGAAUGUAUUUUGUCGAGUCUACAAACUUUCAAGUGCUCAGGAUACUUAGGAACACUAGGAGAAAGAGAUCUUGUGAUUUAUAUAUUAAAAAACGCUAACCACUUAAAGACUGCAACGAUCUUGUUUCCGACGGUUGACAUGAAAAAAGAGCUGACUCUUUCUUCUCGAGCUUCUAACGCAUGCCAACUUGUAUUUGAUUGA